AUGAGUCUAUUACAAGUAAAUUUUCCAAAUAUCGGAACUUUCAAUCUUAACGACUUUUGGCAUCCAAUUUAUAGACCAUUAAAUUUAUUACCUCAAAGUCCUGAACUCAUAGACACCCGGUUUAUGCUUUACACACGACAUAAUCAAUUGGAUGCCAUAACCAUCAAACAGGGCAACAAUGCUAACCAAACAACUACUAUUAAAUCAUCGCAUUUUGAUGGCAACAAACCGACCAAAUUUAUUAUACACGGCUUUCUUGAUAAUACAUAUUUAGGUAAAUGGAUGACAAAAUUAAAGGAUGAACUAAUACGUCGUGAAGAUUGUAAUGUAUUUUUAGUCGAUUGGAUGAAUGGAAAUAGUUUUCCGUAUACAUUGGCGACAGCAAAUACACGUGUUGUCGGACCAGUGAUAGCUCUGUUUAUUAAUGAGCUUAAAAAAAUAUCGGGACUUCACGCCAGUAAUGUUCACCUAAUUGGACACUCGUUGGGCGCACACAUUGCUGGUUAUGCCGGUCAACAACUUAACGGCACAGUAGGCCGUAUUACUGGUCUGGAUCCGGCCGGUCCUUACUUUGAUGGCAUCAACGAUCCUAAUGUUAAACUUGAUCCCACAGAUGCACAAUUUGUUGAUGCCAUACAUACUAAUGCAAAACCAUUGAUACCGAUGUUUGGUUUCGGUAUGUAUGAAACAUCCGGUCAUUUGGACUUUUAUCCCAAUGGAGGUGUAACUCAACCUGGUUGUAUAAUACAAAAAUUUACAUCCAUAAUAACGGACGGAAUGUUAGAUCAGGCGCGCAAACUGUGUGCAUGUGAUCAUCUAAGAGCUAUUGAUUAUUAUUUGGCAUCCAUGAGCUAUCCAGGUAUUAAACCAGUGGGACAUCAGUGCAGUGAUUAUGAUGCAUAUCGUAGUGGCAAAUGUCAGAGUUGUGGAUCAAAUGGUGACAACUGUGCCAUUAUGGGUGUCGAUGCUAUACAGUUGGCUAAACAUAAGAGUCAAACACAAGGCAAACGAUACUUUUUGACUACCGGUGCUGACUAUCCGUAUUUUAAUAAAUCUUAA